AUUGUCAAAAGUGUAAGCUUAAUGUCUCUAUUCAUUAAUUAUUUUUUUAUAAUCAGUUCCAAAUAGUCAAGGAAAGCGAACAGAAAGAGAGAAAGAAAGAGAACGAUGUUUUCUACCAUAGAUGGCAGUUUGCAAACAUUUAAUUGGCCUUAAUAAUUGUUAGAGGAGAGUCUUCACUCAAUGCUUGUUGAAAGUUGCGCUCACCUAAGUUAUUUUGUGUUUGGCGGCAAACUUCACUUGAGUAAAGUAGCAAAUAUAGUGUCAUACAUUCAUUUGUUUCAUUUCCACAGAUGAGCUAAUUGUUGGCCAGACAAUACAGUUCGAUUUUAAUUGUUAUUAUUUAUAUUCAUCAAAAUGACUUAUUCCGAUAAGUUAAAGGAACUUGUUCAUUCAAAUAAAAAAUGUAUAUCAGUUCGUGAUGUUGUUCAACAAUUUAAUGUUCAUGUCUCUCAGGCUCGAAGGAUUCUGGAGGACUUCCUAACUGAGAAUAAUGGAGACAAAAAAUUAAGUAGUGUUUAUGUUGUCUCCGGAACUUCAAAGGACUCAUGCGAUUCUUACAAGAGUUUUAAACUUGCUUAUGCUGAAGCUGAUGAAUUGGAAGAAAUAAAAAAGGAAUUCGCUACGGUCGAUAGUUGUACACUUUUCUCAGUAGCCGAAAAAGAUGUUGAACCUUUUGUUGAAGAUGCUGAUCAAGCUCCUAUUUUAGAUAUGGCUGAUGUCUCCAAAUAUCAAAAGUUAACUUACAUUCUAAAUGACGAUAUAAAGCUCCGUGAAGAUAGAGUAGAGAAGAUCAAAUUGAUUUUGGGAUUGCUAAAAAUUGAUGAAGAACCAAAAGUAAAAGAAAUAAAGAAAGAAAAUGUCAAUGAAGUUGUGAAGCCUAAAAAAGAAACCAAUGGAUUUAAUAAGAAGUCUACUAAUAGCAAGAAUAGAAAUAAUAAAAAGCAAACCAAGCUUACAGGGUUUGAUUCAAAAGCAGUUAAAAAGGAAAAGCCAGAGCCGGUGCCGGAGCCCAUGCCAGACCCAUUCAGUGAAGAGGAAGAAGAAGAAGAAGAAAAAGAAAAAGAAGAUGACACCAUAGCUAUCGUUGAACGUACACCUAGCCCUCCACCAAGUCCUCCGAAAGUCAAAAUUGAGCCAAUGGAGGAAGAACCUGUACAAAAAGUAUCCAAAAGUAAAAAACGUAAACGUGUUAGAGUUUUUGACUCCGAUGAAGAGGACGAAGAAGCUCUCGCCCUUAAAAUUUUAGCUGAUGAUAGUCCUGCCGAAGAGGAAAAACCAGUAAAAAAGUCUAAAAAAAGCUCCAAACCAUCACAACCCAUGGAAACUAAAACAGUAUCCGAAGAGUUCACCGAUGAAGAUGGCUACACUCAAGUUAAGCUUGUCAAGAAACUUGUUCCUGUUAAAAAUGACGAUGACGAAGAAAAUGUGAAUGCAAACAAAUCCACAAAAGUUAAAUCUGAAAAAUCUGAAAAAUCUGAAAAAUCGGAGAAAUCUGUUGAUAGGAAGAAAAAAGCUGAAAUGGACACCGAAGAUGAGGAAUCCAAGCCUAAACCUAAAAAAUUGUCCAAAGCAGCUGCAGCCAAGAAAGGUCAAGUUUCAAUUACUAAUUUUUUUAAACCAACCGCUAAAGAUUAACUUCAUCGCCUGUAAUCAAUUAUAAAUAAUAAAGCUAUUGCAUCAUUAUGUGA